UCUAACAUGGACCUGGAGAUUGUUACAGCUAAAAUACUCUCUGACUGGAAGUGCCAUGAGAGCGCUUUUGGAGAGGACCAGGACUCGCUCCAGUCCUCCUCGCCGGAGUCUUCCAUCGACUCCAUGUGCUCUUCGCCGGAGAUGUGCUACUCCAGCGGCCACCAGGACAUUAAGGGCUUCUCUUUUGGCUUUGGCAGAGGGACUCCAACAGCGCCGAGGCAGAGCAAGCCCAAGAUGUCCACCAAAAGACGCAUGAAAGCCAGCGAGAGGGAGAAGAUGCGGAUGAGGAGUCUUGCAGAGGCUCUACACCAGCUCCGUGACUACCUGCCGCCGGACUACAGCAAGAGAGGCCAACCCUUGACCAAGAUACAAACCCUCAAAUACACCAUCGAGUACAUCAACAAGCUUUCAGAUAUCCUGAGCCGUGCGUAA